GUUAAACUCUAGUCUCGCACCAACGAGCUUAGUUUCGGCACUACAUAGUUUGACCAUUUUGGGGCAAAUCUUCCCAAACUAAAGAUAGCGAAGGCGGCUUCAUUUUUAGACUACACCGGAAGCAGAAGCUAGGCCGGCGGGGCAGAGUUGAGAGGUCAGCGGUUUCCCACGUUGGGAAUCGGCGGGGAGGGAUCUCUGCUAAAUGAAAACCUUUCUGUAGACCCUGUAGAUUGAUGUACCAUUUUAUAUUGACGACGAGCAGAACUGGGAUACACACAAACUAAGGUACACUCACCAGGACUUGCAUUUAUUGUUUUGUUCCUGUCGAACCCAGCGGCAAAGACAGGAAGCGUACAACUGAGCUGACAUGGCAGGAAUCCUGUUUGAGGAUAUCUUUGAUGUGAAGGACAUCGACCCAGAUGGGAUGAAGUUUGAGAGAGUUUCACGGCUGCACUGUGAAAGUGAAUCCUUCAAGAUGGACCUGAUCCUUGACAUCAACAUCCAGAUCUACCCCGUCGACCUGGGUGACAAGUUCCGCCUGGUGAUUGCUAGUACCCUUUACGAGGACGGCACCCCUGAUGAUGGAGAAUACAAUCCCACUGAUGACCGACCCUCAAGGGCGGACCAGUUUGACUACGUGAUGUAUGGGAAGGUAUAUAAGAUCGAAGGGGAUGAGACCUCGACGGAAGCUGCAACACGCCUCUCUGCCUAUAUCUCCUAUGGGGGUCUCCUGAUGCGACUGCAGGGCGAUGCCAACAACCUGCAUGGGUUCGAGGUGGACUCCCGAGUCUACUUGCUCAUGAAGAAACUGGCCUUCUAGAGACUGGCAUUACCCGUGUGGCCCUGGGUUCAGUAAGAGACAGACUGUCUCUCUCUGUUUCACACACACGCACACACAUACACAAUAUCUUCGCAUGUGGGGUGAAGAGAGUGUCUGGGCAGGGCCUUUCUUCACACGAGACCUCCUGGAAAUGAAACAGAACUGACUAAUAGAGAGAUGAAGUGAAACUGGAGACUGCUUCUGGGUGAAGCUUUCCCAACAACUGCCUGUACCCCCUCCACUCCGCUCUGCCCUUCCCUGCUCUGAUCUGAUGUUUCUUAGGUCAUGUGCUACCACGAGGUGUAAAUAAAAAGACAACUUUAAGUA